CCAUUUUCAUUUUUCAACCCUCUUUCGCUUUUUCCUACCGACCCGUCUUCGUACGCACUCAGAAUGCAAAGCUUUCGAUGGCUUCAACAACGCCGAUGGACAUUUAUUCUCCUUUCAUGGCUGGGGCCAUGGUGGUUUCGGGGGAUCGAACUUCCACCUGGCCUGUUAAUCCUGUUUCCGUGAAGUCUCAAGGGUUUUCAAUGCAAAGCUAACCGAACACAUUCAACCACCGCCAGCACGGUACUGGGAUUUGGGAAUUGAACACCAUUGAUUGAUGAGUGUGAACGUUGAGACCAUAGAAUUGCGUAGCACAGCCUGCUACUCAAAAUCCAGCCAAGAUGACUUGAUCAGCCCCAAGGCAAAAUUAUGGGAUCAAGAGGCACAGCACGAACAUUAUUGGCCAACAAAUGUCAACAGCCCCACCCCACCAGGUGGGGUCGGAUAGUCGAUCAAUCUGGUCGAACGUUCUAGAGCGAAGGAGGAGGUUAUAAUAAAGAUGCGAGAGGUUGCCACAUCCUCAAUCGCAUUACGUUCAUCAAACAUCAUGGACGAGGCCACUCGGGGCCUACUAUCCCAGGCUAUCCGGGAUGCAUUCACGUCGUCCAGCAUAGAUCAUAACGAAGAGUACAUUGAUUCCUUGAUCUCUAAAGUAGACAAUGACAUCCUCCAGGCUCAUCUUGCAAGUCAAGACGGGAAUGCAAGAGAAACCCCGUUACGAACCAGCGGCUCGGUUUUACGGACGCCUCCAGCUUCACCACCGAAAGGGCGUGGUUCCUCUCGGCUUUUGAAUGCCCAGAAGAGGGACUAUGCAAAUCUAACGGGGGCAGAAUCGAGGAAGAAAAGAAAGCGGCAAAUUCCACAGCGUUCAGAAAAAUGUGCUGAUGAACCUUCGCUCGGGUGUACAGCUGCUGAAGGAACGAUCGAAGUGGGUCCUCAGUGUUCCAAUCAUGAGACCUUGUCUGACAGCGAAUAUGUGAAAGAUUCUCGCCCAUUGAAUCUCCCGGCCAACGAGUUCUCGUCCUACCAGCCAGACACCGCGUUUACAAUGAAUGCAAUGGCCUCAAUAUUGUUUGAAUGUUUUGUGGUUAAUUCGGCAAUCGCACGAUACGGUCACCAAACUUCCAUGGCCCCAACAAGGACUGAUCCCGAUAAGAUCCGGAAAUAUGUUGAUGAGAUUGCAGAGUAUGAUUACAAGCAAGCAGUCAGUAUCAUUCAAAGGGACAAUGCUCUGGCAGUUGGCAAGGGUUUGCAAAAUCGAUACAACGAAACAAUCUUCUGGAAAAUCAUUCUCAAGGGUGCUGCGCUGAUCGAUCAUACGAAGCUGCCAUCCGCGAAAGGCCCUGCCGACGGAUUUACUGUAGCGGAGAAAGCUGCGACCAGAAAGUUCAUGGAAGACGCUGGAUACGGAUUGAGUGCACAAAACCAGCGACACUGCCGAAACUUUUGGAAAAACUUAUUCAAAAUGCGUGAAGUCGGAAUCGAAAAAGCCCUCUACUACCGCACCAAGGAAUUCGACAGUUACUGCAAGGGUUAUCCGAAGACCUCAGAAAUCUCACUUGUGGAUGCAAUUCUAAGGUGGGAGACUAAAUACAGACCUCAUAUUGAACAACUAGAGACACGGGCUCUCAGGAUCGGUAAAGGCGAUUAUGCGCGCCUGUGUGAUCUUGAAAAUCCUGAGGUUAUAGAGAGGUUGAAAGUCCGUGAGUCGUCUUGGAACAAUGGCAGAAAUGAUUGGGCUUCCCUUGGCGAAGAAGAAAGCUUCAAGGCAACGGGGCAACUGGUCUUUCCCCCUGAUGCCAUAUGCGCGCCUUUCGAGAACCAUUCGGUCUCAGAAUUUGGGGCAGACAAGUCCGCGUUCACCUUUCUCCUGCCCAAAGACGACACCUUCUUGUUCGUCUGUUCCAUCGUCCCAGUACGCGAGGGAGACUUCCUCGGUAUCUUUGCUGGCCAUAUUCGCUUUUCGACGGACGUGAGCGUCACGCACGGUAUCCGCGGCCCUGUUGACAAUCUGUGGCUAGACUACUCACAGGUUACCGAGACUCGGACCUCAUGGAGAGUUUCUGUGAAAGCCACGAAGUCAAUCAUGCCGUUUGACCCUCUCGUUCGUGUGGCUGCUAAGCAAGAGCAAUUUAUGUUGCAUUCGUCCCCCGAGAAUGCAACGAGAGGCUUUCUCGUACCUUGCCAAACUGACUGAUAAUAGCAUGGACUAACACGAUGUCUGGAGCUAGUCCGCAAUAAUAUGUAUUCCAAAUGAUGUUCAGCCCCGGCUCACAUGGCUAGGUCGUCUUUAGAUUCUAAUAGUAGGAGUAGAUUGAGCAAUUUGAGUGCAGCGGUUCCUAGAGGACAACUGCGAGUCUCUGCUCAACUGAAGCGUCUCUGGUAUCGCCCUGACUGCACCAUGAAUUGGUGGUCAGAGAUAAACAUAGGCUUAUAGAGCACUUCCAUCAGCUCCAGGAACAUGUGAGUCGAUCCGGGGAGCUCUGUUGCUCCUGAAACCCCCGCGCGGCAUCUCCGAUAAAAAUGGGGGAGAGGGGGGCAGUGCAUCGGGCUGAAAGGGAAGACGCAGCAGUUGGUGGGGGCCAGAGUGAAAGAAGGGGGAGGUAAUGAGUGCAAGGCACAUCAUACCGUAGAGAAGAAACGACGUUGAAAGGGCGAG